UUAGCGCGACUUUCUUGCGCCUUCCGGCUGUUUGUUCAGUUAAGUUAAAAAUUCAAAUCAGAGAAGCUGCUCAUGAAUAAGACCACUGUUUCAAAGGGAUUUCAGACCCCUGUAACUUCAUGCAGACGCUGUCGAGGUCCUAAUGCACCCAGUGAGUUGUUCCGAUUUGGAGUGUGCUUUGUGGGUGUUCUGUUGGUGGUGAUUGGCGUGGGUCUGUUUCUGGAGUGGUACAGGAAGCGAUUUGGUCCACUGGUACUAUCCACUGUUCUACGGAGGCUGUGGAGAUCGCCAGGUCAACCUCAAUCAAGUCAGAAUAGAGGUUGUGCACCUGUUGAGUUCACGUCACAAGACGUUGAACGCAUGCUACACACGUAUGAAAGCUCAUCAGGCGCGGCCAAGGGAAUCGAAAAAGAGCAGCUGGCUCAUCGGCUGAACCGACUGGUUGCCAAGGAGAAACUUCUUAAAGAUUCAAUCGCAGCCAUGCACAGACCAGCUCCGCCCGAGAAGUCGAAAAGCACGGUCGUGGAGCCCGUUCUUGAAGUGUGAAGCUUGGUGAUGGAUUU